AUGAGUGAGGAAAUGUGUACUUGCUUCCUCUUCAUCUGGCAUUACCCUAAACGACAGAACCGUCAGAGAAGCCCGGAGACCGAGAGUAUAACACCAUGCUCAGGAACGGCCAAAUUGAUGAUCCGUUUCGACAGUUUUCAAAACACAGGCUUUCUGAAAGAAGAUGGAAAAUGCUGUGAUGGGGAAUCCAGAAACGGCAACUGCACUGGUCAAUGUGACUAUGGCGUCAAUAUAUGCCUUUCGAGAAAUGCCACAGGGGAUCCGUGCGAGAUUGAGACAUUUGACGUCGGCAGCGUUGACGUCGACACCAGCAGUUUCAACUUCCCCCUGACCUUCAUCAGCGGCUUCGCCAACCCCCUCCCCAUCACACUCGACUCAUGGCAGGGGAACAUUAUCGUCACCAUCACCAUCUCCGACGCGGAUACAGAGCGGGAGGAGAGGGUCGACAGCUUCAACUUCACGUACACCAAACAGGAGCCCAUCUCCAGUAGGUCAGUCGUCCGGGGAGACUUCCAGGAUUAUACUCUGACGGGGAAGAGAUCCAUUCUACCCACAAGACUUGACGCAGCGGUCGCCGUUCAGUGCGACCGUUUCUUCUACGGCGACGACUGCUCCAUCAAUUGUGUUGAGAACGACGACUGUAACGGCCACUACACCUGCAAUCCUAUCACCGGUGCUAAAAUAUGUAACGAUGGCUGGGCUGCCCAACAGUGCGCCAACAGUGCCGAGUGCGUCAGAUACGGUAACGGUUUCUCUGACUUCUACUGCUGUUGUGCCCCCGGGUUCACGGGAGAUAACUGCGAAAUUGACGUAGAUGAGUGCGCCUCCAGCCCUUGUGAGAACGGAGGAUCUUGUUCCCAAGAUGAACCCAAUUCCUACUCCUGCACCUGCCCUAUCAGGUUCAAGGGUCAGAAAUGUGAAAUUCAGCGCACAUGUGACGACAACCCAUGUUUGAAUGGUGGCGACUGCAGACCAGUUUUCGGGUCUUUCUUCUGUAUAUGUGACCCGAGGUUCACUGGCGAUGUCUGUGAAACGUUGAUAACCACAACACCAGCGACCACCACCCCGGCCUGCCCAGCGAACUUCUACGGACCAUCCUGCUCCGUGUACUGUGAAGGCAGGGACGACUGCGGCGGCCACUACACCUGCGACAGUCAAGACGGCAACCGGAUCUGCAACCCCACAUGGGGAGGUGUCAACUGUACUGAGAGAACCGUCAGUGAUGCCACUUGUCCUUGCCAAAAUGGAGGUCAGUGUUUUCAAAGCCAGUGUUGCUGUCCACAAGAAUUUACCGGUUCCCUUUGUGAAUUCAGGGUUCGAUGCACUCCUGAUCGGUGUUUGAAUGGCGGACAGUGCUACGAGGAAGCUAAUGGGUUUAGAUGCGACUGUGCACGUGGCUUCACUGGUGAAAACUGUGAGACGGAGUUGACCACACCAGACCCUGCUGCAGCGUGUCCUACAGACUACUUUGGGCCGACUUGUUCUGUAUUCUGUAGGGCCCAAGAAGAUUGUAAUGCUGGACAAUGGAACUGUCAUCCUAUGACUGGUGAAAGGCUGUGUCGGUUUGGUUGGAGGGGCGAAUUUUGUAACCAAAGGGAUCCAAGAGCCCAGCACGACGUCAUCUGUCCAAACAGCCAGUGUAGGAAUGGUGGACUUUGCACGAAUAGUACCUGCUGCUGUCCAAUCGGGUAUACGGGUAGUCUCUGCCACAUCGAGAUUUUAGAGUGUGCCAGCAGCCCGUGUAGAAACGCUGCUAGAUGUGAGGACCUUAUCGGUGAUUAUCUUUGUGUAUGUUCUCAAGGCUAUGCAGGAAGGAACUGUGAGAUCUAUAUAGGAGGUAGCAUCACAACUCAAGAACCCGAUCCAUGCAUGAGCAUUAAUUGUCAGAAUGGGGGAACAUGUGUUUCUAAUUCAAGCUCAGAAACCAUAUGUCUGUGCCCCGAGGGAUUUCGGGGAGACCUCUGUGCAGAAACCACACCACGCCCAUCUGCCACACCAGGCUGUCCUGAAAGUUACUAUGGCCCCAACUGUCUAACCUACUGCAAAGAAGAAGAUACUUGCGAGGGAGGCCAUUAUUAUUGUGACCCAAGCUCUGGCAGAAAGCUAUGUAGAAGUGGAUGGAUUGGAACCAUAUGUAAUUCAAGAGUCCUGCUGCAAGAGAUUGACCCAGAAUGCCCUGCUGUUGGAUGUAAAAAUCAAGGACAGUGCUUCAACGGUUCUUGUUGCUGUCACGCCACAUCAAGGGGUGAAUAUUGUCAAGAAGAAAUCCUGGCAUGUACCAGGAAUCCAUGUGGGAAUGGAGGAACCUGCAAGGAUCUCACGAAUGGAUACAACUGUUCCUGUUCUCCUGGAUAUAGCGGAAUCAACUGCGAGACGUUCAUCGGCUUCCCCCCGGGAUAUAGCUCCACAACCGCAUCCUCAGUCUCCACCGGCUCCUCCACAAGUACGCUGGAAUCGUGCGAUGAAGUCAAAUGUUUAAACGGGGGAUUCUGUGUACAUGUCGUUCUGCCGUUUUCGUGUGUCUGCAUCUAUCCCUUUUCUGGGGAAUAUUGUGAAAUUGACAUGUCCAUUACCACCACCACAGAUUCAGGGAUAGUUACAGGACAAACACCUACUUCUGUCAUCCGGACCAUCUACCUGAGGGGCAACGUCAGUGACAGCAGUCAGGCUGCUCUUGAGCAGAUAAUACAGGCAGCUUUGAACAGGUCCAUUGCCAGCUCUUCGUGUUGUCCUCUCGUCUACAUCUUGCAGAAGACAACGUACAUGGGUCCAAGAGGGGAUAUUAUUGUUGGAUACGUAUACAACUUUACUCACACGGGCGGAAGUGUGAUAUCCGGCAUGACACCAGAAGAGGUCAAUAACUUUUCAAACGAGGUGGACAUCGGACUACAGGGAACAAACCCUUUCAACCAGAAUGGAGUACUUGUAUAUCGAGGCCCCACUCCUAGCCUAGUCAAUUUAAGAUAUACCUACACCGUGGACUUUGUCGGGGACAUAUCUGAAUCUAGACGACAAUCUGUCAUAGCUGAUAUUGAGGCAGCUUGGAGGAAUGCCAAUCCUGGUAAAUGA